AUGCACGCAAAGAGUUUUGUUGUGGCGGCCGCUUUGGCUCUUGCCUCUUCAUCUGUUGUUGAAGCCGCCAACCGACCUCGCAUUUACUACCCCCGACAAGUCAAGCGGGAAGUCGAGAACAAUGAACCGGUCGUUCCGGCAAACGAAGCAGUCCCCGUGAUUGCGAAGCGGGAACCUGCUGAUUCCUUCCUCAAGAGCCUGUUCAACAACAACAACAACAACAGGGAGUCGGCGGCCGACACGGAGGAUGGCGUUAACUUCGACCCGACUCUGCCUCUUGGCUUCAAGCGACCUGGACCCAGUGCCAACCCAGCCCCUUCGUUAGUCAUCCAACCGACAACAAGCAUGGAGAUCGUGGACCCCGAGACGACGGAGGCUGCUGAGCCAACGGAAGCAGACACUGGAAUUCUACUUGCUCCCGGCGGCAUUGUGACUAGCAAAACUACCGUUCAGCCAGCUCAACCCGCCAAGACGACCACGGCUGCAGCCGUCAAGAAGCCCGUAACCGAGGAGCCCAAGAAGGAAGAGACGAAGCCCGAGGUUGUCGCGACUGAAACCGUCGCUCAGCCCGCUGUCACCUCCGUUGUGGUCGCCAACCCCCAGCCUGCUACAACCGAGGAGGAAGCCAAGCCCGCCGAAACGACGGCUCCCGUUGUUAAGGAGCCCGAGUCUGUCAAGACUACGGAAAAGAAGCCAGUCGUCGAGACCAAGACUGAGAAGCCCGCGCCAGUUGAGACUCAGCCCGAGGAAGAGACUAAGCCGGUUGAGACAGUGGAGCCUGUCAAGACUUCUGCCAAGAACCCGGUUGUUGCUCCCGUUGAGACCAAGACUGAGAAGCCCGCGCCAGUUGAGACUCAGCCCGAGGAGAAGACCAAGCCAGUUGAGACCGAGGAGCCUGUCAAGACUUCUGCCAAGAACCCGGUUGUUGCCCCCGUCGAGACCAAGACCGAGAAGCCCGCUCCUGUUGUGACUGAGACUCAGCCCGAGGAGGAGACCAAGCCAGUUGAGACCGAGGAGCCUGUCAAGACUUCUGCCAAGAACCCGGUUGUUGCUCCCGUCGAGUCAAAGACCGAGAAGCCAAGUGCCACAAAGGGACUCUUAGACCCUGUCGAGACCCUUUUGUCAUCCCUACUUCCUGUUGAGAAGGAGACAAAGCCUGCUCCCGUUCAGUCCGAGACUGCGAAGCCUGAACCGGAAACAACUGAGGCUCCCAAGACUGAGCCUGAACAAGAGACCAAGCCUGCUCCUGCCCCAACCACCAAGGAGGGUGUUCUGGAUCCCGUUAAGAGCAUCGUCUCUUCGGUUCUUCCUGAUCCGGCUGACCCCAAGACCACCGAGCCCAAGCCAGUCGAGACUGAGACUAAGAAGGCCGAGCCAGCCAACACCGACAGCAAGGAGGAGACACAACCCGCUCCCGUUCCCGUUGAGACCGAGACUGCCAAGCCCGCCGACCCUGCGACAGAGAGCCCAUCUGUUGAUGAGCCCAAGACGGAGCAGCCUGCCCCCACCACCAAGGAGGGACUUCUCGAUCCCGUCGAGACACUCUUGUCGUCUGUUCUGCCCAUUCCUGCUGAUAGCAAGACGACUCAGCCUGAAGAGACCGUUUCUGAGGCUCUGCCCGAGGAGACACUGACCCCAAGCAAGGAGCCUCAGCGUGAGAACAGCAAGCCUCAGACAGACGAUCAGACUCUCCCUACUGUCAGUCCUCCCACUGAAGAGGCAACUGCCGCUCCUGGUACUGCGGAAACCACCAAGGGUGGCUUGUUGGACCCUGUCGAGACCCUUCUCAGCUCUAUCUUGCCCAAUGACCCAUCUGAUGUCAAGACCACUGGACCUGAGGAGACUCAACCCGCUGAUAGCCAGCCUACUUCUGCUGUUGUUGAUGAGCCAACUGCCUCCAACGAUCCCUCAACUGAGCCUGAGACCACUGGCGUUCCCGAGAUCAUUCCUACUACUCUUCUCCCUGAGCCUACGCUUCCCGUUGAUGAGACAGACAUCCUUCCUAUCCCUACGGACAUCACUGAUGUUACCUCGCUGCUGCCUGAGCCCUCAAGCCCGGUCACUAUUUCUCCUGUCAUUCCCACCACGGUUGCUCUUGAGCCGUCGCAGAGCGGUUCCCCGGACCUUACCUCGUUCCUUGACCCCAACACCAAGUUUCCCCAAACUGACAUUGGUGAGACUACUGAGGCCCCGAACGUGACUGUUCCUGCUGCGACAUCCGGUGUCGACGAGACCGGAUUGCCUGUACCCACAAGUGAACCCGUCAACGUCACUGAGUCUGUUCCUGAAGCUACCGGCGAGCCCCAGACUACUGGCGCACCUGAGCCUACCGAUGUCAACACCGAUGUCAACACUGAGGAGCCAACACAAGUCAGUCAGACCGAGGCCCCUCAACCUACAGGCGAUUCUUCUGAACCUGCUACUGGAAAUGCCACUGAGCCCGCUUCCGAGCCUGCUACCGAGCCCGCCACUGAGCCUGCUACCGAUUCUCCCACCAAGCCUGCUGGCACAGUCACCGGCUCUGCACCCACCGAGCUUCCUGCCACUCAGACUGAUGCCGAGACCAAUGGCACUGCCACCAACGAGCCUACUAAGCCCACUACAGGAGCUGAAACCCAGAGCGCCCCUGUGACCGGUGGUGAGGAGACCUCAGCCGAUGUUGCCCCUACCAAGGAGCAGCCCUCUGUUCAGCCUACCUCUCAGCCUCCUCCUGUCGAGACCGAGACCCAGCCUGAGCCUGCUCCUACCACGCUGGUCCCCACAGCUGCGGUUCCCGUUACCAGCAUUCGACCCACUGCUACUCUUACCAACACCAACAACUGGCUGCCUACCACCAUCGUCUUCGAGCCUACUUCUAUUCCUGCUGCCCCCACACAGGCAACUGAGACCUCUACCUCGACUGGCCUACCUGCCAACAUUCCCCGUGUUAUCCUGCCCAACGACCCUAACAAGCCUAUCCCUGAGGGAUCUGUUGCCAUUCAGCUGGGUUUCUUGUUUCCCUUCAACUACAAGUUCCUCGCCCGCAACACUGUCGCGGCUGCCCAGCUUUUCAAGUAUCUGCCCAAGGGUCUUGCUGAUGCGGGUGGCUUCAGCAAGGAUCGUAUCCUUAUCAGCAAGAUCAUUCCCAUGGACACCCAGUCUAAGUGGGGAUACAUCACUGCCAUCGCCAAGAUUCAUUAUCCUGAGAACAUGAUCGACAGCCUCCAAGCUGAUCUCAUCACUCCCAACUCUCUUCUGUACAACAACGACCUUGAGAUCGUCCGUAACCUUACCUCGGUCAUCAACAACAAGAUCGAUAUCUUUGGUGAUAUGGAGAACGAUUCCAACUCGAACAAUGGCGAUUCAGAUGAUAGCGGCAGCGGAGGCAGUGAUGGUUUCGGUAACAGCGGCGAGGGUGACAAGACCGCCAAGCAGAAGGCUACCACUGCUGGUAUUGCUGUCGGUGCUGUCGGAUUGAGUGUCAUGUACGGUGCUGCCAUGUUCUUGGUUGCCCGACGAUACAAGCGCAAGAAGCAACUGGGUCACCGCCGUGCUAGCUCCAUUGGCAGCAGCCAGCGAUCUUCUGAGAUGGCCUACACUGGCAACGGAAGCCCUGCUCUCAUGGGAGGUGCACUGAUGAGCCGUGACUUCUCGUCGUACGGCGCCCAGGGUGAGCACCCUCCCGUCCGCCCUGGCGGCCGUGACAGCCAUGGCAGUGGACGCAGCGGAAUGGGCAACUCGGCUCGCACAGCAUACAUCUCUGCUCCCGUCGCUGCUGAGAACUCUCUCGGAUGGAACUAA